UCCAGCAAGAGCCGCAAGGAGAAGGGCAGCAACCGCCUGUCCAUGGGCAGCAGGGAGGCAGUAGAGGGUCCCGGCCGCCCCUCGGGGUCACCCUUCCUGCCCUUCUCCUGGUUCUCGGACGGCGCGAGGGGCUCAGCCUCCCCCGGUUCCGCGUCGCCCGCCGGCUCCCCCCGGCACGAGGGGCUCAGCCCCGCCAAAUCCGCCUCCCAGGACUCGACGCUGAGCGAGGACUCCCCACCGCCCAGCGCCAGCCCGCGCCUGCCCGGCCCCACCGCCACCAAGUGCUCCUACCCCUACCACACCCUGUCACAGUCCUCGGAUGAGUUCCUGGAUGAGCCCCCCGGCGCGGCCGCAGGUUGGACGUGCCAGCAGGUGGGACAGUGGCUGGGGGGGCUAGAGUUCUCGGCCCACGGCGUCGAUGGUCCGCGGCUCCUGCACCUCGAUGGCGCCAAGCUCAAG